UAAAAGUAAUAUAUUUUACGUUUUGCUGAAGACACCCGUCAUUUUUGUUAAUUUUGAUGCCAAACUGGUCAACCGCCAUUUUUGUAUUGGGCCGACUUUCGCGCUCACGUCAGAUCAAAACCGCCAUUUUGUCAGUUGCGACCCAGUGCUCGGAGCGAACGCACAUCAGUUUCGUACAAAACGGCCACAAGUAAAAAAAUCACGCCAGAUCGACCUCGGUGUUUUGUGCAAAGGAGCCACAUUUUGGAAUGCGGCCGUGUUGCUUUCAAAUUUCAAAAUGAGCAGAGCAAAAAUGAUUUUAAGCAUGGCAGUUGGAAAUACAAAUGAAGAAUCAGUUAGGGUGCAAGAUAAGCGCAUUAUCAACUCUCAACAAAUUAAAAAAUGUGAUAUUCCAGCUAAAACUGGAAGUCAGAACACAAUAACGGAUUCGGUUUAUGACGCGGAAAGUCAUUUAGCCUGUCCAGCUCAAGAAAAACAAACCAUAUUUGUUGUCAACACUCAGGUAACUCAAAUACCAGCAAUAGUUGGACAAAGAAGAGAAUCGGCUGAUAGUAAUUUUGAUACGGACUCCUACCCUGACAGUCAGCCUGAUCACAAUAUAUCGUUGAGUGAUGAUGAAGAGUCUAGAGCUAAGAACACAGACGAAACUCAGAGUAAUUAUUCCACCAAGUGACUCAUCUGAAAGCGAACUCUGAUAGUGAUACAAACAGCUCUACGUCAAGUAGUUCAUCUGAUUUUUCCUCUGACGAUAGUGCUAAGGAUCUUAAUUUUCUGCCUCAGAAACUCGUGAAGACUGAUCGUCAUAGGUACCGUCUUUUUUCUCCUCAACCUGGACCUUCCGGGGCGGAAGACGAACCCAAAAAUAUCGAAAUGGAGACAUCAAAUACAGAUACUGAGCCACCUAUUUCAGAAACGGAAUUGCAACAAACCAGUAUUGACACCGAGCCUCCUAAUAUUGACAACCAGCUCCCUGGUAUUAGCACCGAGCCCCCCAGUUUUGACACCCAGCCCCCUAGUAUUGACACCCAACCCCCUAGCGUUGACACACAACCCCCUAGUGUUGACACUACUGUAGAACCUCAGCAGCUAUCCCGUAAAAGAAAAUGUGACCCUGCAUCUUGGAAAAGAAAUAAAGCAAAGGCUCUUAAAAAUAGUGCAAAGGCAUAUAUUUUGUUUCACAUACAGAAUAUUUUUGUUACUUUUGUUGUUUUUUUAAUGUCUUCUUCUUUCAAAACAAUAAAUAUAGCAUAUUUCACUUAAAAAUUAUUUCUUUUUUUGAGAUAAUUGUUUAAACAUUUGAUCUAAUCUUGAAUGCAAAAAGGGCUUUUGUAGUUUUUUUUCAGGUUGUGUUAGAGC